GUUGACGUGUGCGGUUUGUGCAGCGGCUAAGCGCAACAGCAGCGUAUCGAGAUAGUCAUAAACAGAAAAUACACAAAUUGCCUGCAGAGCGCCCAUCGAGUGGAAGAAGAAGAAGAACAACAACAAGAGGAAGAGCACAGCACAUGUAAUACUCGUGUGUGAUAAAAUGUGAAACACAAACAACAACAGCAACAGCAACAGCAACAGCAGCAGCAGAAGCAGUGACAAUAACAACAACACGGCAAAAGUGUCGCGCGCGUGUAACUGUGAGUGUGUGUCUGUGUGCCUGUGCCUGUGUCUGUGCCUGUGUGUGUGUGUGUGCGAGCGCUGCGUGUCACAUAUCAGCUAAAAAGAAAGCAAGCAUACAAAAAAAUACAGUGGAAAACGCGCAGCGCAGCGACAGAAAAAUUCGUUCAACGGCAACCGCCGCCGCCAACGCCGAAGCCGCCACCAACAGCAGCAGCAGCAGAAGCAGCAGUAAUAACAGCAGCGACGCCGACAGCGACGCCAGCAGCAGUCCAUUGACAGCCUGAAGCAGCGGCUCAUCCAGCUAUUUGGCAUCGAUCUAGACAUCUGGGCAUUGAGCUUGUGCCUAGCCAUGGGCACCGGACACUACUUCUGGGCGAUCUUCUACUUUACCAGCCUGUGCAGCGCUUCCCUAGCAAAUAAUGCCAAAAUAAAUUUCCGAGAAAAGGAGAAAAAAGUCUUAGAUCAAAUUUUAGGUGCAGGCAAAUACGAUGCCAGAAUUCGACCAUCGGGAAUAAAUGGCACAGCGAAUUUGCCCACAUUAGUCCAGGUCAACAUGUUUCUGCGUUCCAUAUCGAAAAUCGACGAUUACAAAAUGGAGUACAGUGUACAGUUAACCUUUCGAGAGCAGUGGACGGAUGAGCGUCUCAAAUUCGAUGAUAUACAAGGUCGCUUGAAAUAUCUCACACUGACGGAGGCGAAUCGUGUGUGGAUGCCGGAUUUAUUCUUCUCCAAUGAGAAGGAGGGACACUUUCACAAUAUCAUUAUGCCCAAUGUGUAUAUACGUAUAUUUCCCAAUGGAUCGGUGCUCUACAGUAUACGCAUCUCACUAACAUUGGCCUGCCCAAUGAAUCUCAAGCUGUACCCAUUGGAUAGACAGAUAUGCUCACUUCGAAUGGCUAGCUACGGCUGGACUACCAACGAUUUGGUAUUCCUUUGGAAGGAGGGUGAUCCCGUGCAAGUGGUAAAGAACUUACACCUACCUCGCUUCACAUUGGAGAAGUUUUUGACUGAUUACUGUAACAGUAAAACCAAUACGGGUGAAUACAGUUGCCUCAAAGUCGAUCUACUAUUCAAGCGAGAAUUCUCAUAUUACUUAAUACAAAUUUAUAUACCAUGCUGUAUGCUGGUCAUUGUAUCAUGGGUAUCAUUCUGGCUGGAUCAAGGCGCAGUGCCCGCGCGCGUAUCGUUAGGUGUAACCACUUUACUAACUAUGGCCACACAAACAUCGGGCAUUAAUGCCUCACUGCCGCCCGUUUCCUAUACAAAGGCAAUCGAUGUUUGGACCGGCGUCUGUCUGACGUUUGUCUUUGGGGCGUUGCUCGAAUUCGCCCUGGUGAACUAUGCCUCCCGCUCAGGUUUGAAUAAAGCUAACAUGCAUAAGGAGAAUAUGAAAAAGAAACGCCGCGAUUUGGAGCAGGCCAGUUUAGAUGCUGCUUCAGAUCUGCUCGAUACAGAUAGCAAUGCAACAUUCGCAAUGAAGCCCCUGGUGCGUCAUCCGGGCGAUCCGCUGGCCCUAGAGAAGCUGCGCCAAUGCGAGGUCCACAUGCAGCCACCGAAGCGCCCCAGCUGCUGUAAGACUUGGCUAUCCAAGUUUCCCACAAGACAAUGUUCUAGAUCGAAGAGAAUCGAUGUUAUCUCACGAAUCACAUUCCCGCUGGUCUUUGCGCUCUUCAAUCUGGUCUACUGGAGCACAUAUCUCUUCAGGGAGGAGGAGGAUGAGUAAAUGCCGUUUAACUUAUACAUAUAUAUAUACUUAAUAUAUAUUUAGAGAGAAACACUGGCACCACAAUACCAGAAAUUGUACUAACCUAUUAUAUCUCUCUUUUUUUAAUUUCUACUUUCAUUUACCAAUUUACGUUCCAAAUUCAUUUGCGUAUGGCUUUCGUUCGGCUUGGUUUUUUGCAAAUAACCAAAUAUGUUUAUAUGAUUUUGAUUCGAUUUUCCAUACUGAAACUGAAACGAUACGAAAACGAAAAUGAAAACGAAAACAAAAAAGGACCUUCUAAAGCGCGUCCGCGUCUCUGAAAACCAAAGGCUAUGUAGAAUCCAACAUGAAAUUUACAAUACGGCACACAUAUAUAUAUGCAUACGUAUGCGUAUAUAUUCGUAUGUUUAUAUAUAUAGAUAUGUAUAUGCUUUGCUUGAUCGAAUGGGGCGAGACAAGGCUUCAAGGCAUUUCCACUAUAAGAAAAUUUGAUGAGCGACAAAGAUAUUUACUAACUAUAAGUUAAAUUGAUCAAGUACGACUGCAUAGUAGAUAAAAGAAAUUAAAGAAAUUGAAGAGAAAUCAAAGCUGUAUUUUAAAGAGAAAAACAAAAACAGAAACGGACAAAGCGAUUUGUGGGCGAUUUGCAAAACGCUUUCAGCUCGAUUUGUUUCAAUUUGUUUUUAAUGCUCGAAAUUGUUAAACU